AUGGACGAACCUUCUUACAGCGCCCCAGCAUUUCCUUCAUUCUCCCGCCUCCCUCUAGAAUUACGUGAGCAGAUCUGGUCCGAGGCUUUGCCCAGCGCCGAUGUGCCGGCCCUUUUCUUCUACAGGAAAUGGUGCUUGAGCCCAGGACCAUUGACCAGCGAUACCGAGCCAGAAUCAGACCAAACCACCCUCUAUUCUCGCCAUGAGACUCCUAGGAGAUUCCAGCUAAACGCGCCUUCGUUGUCAUUUGUCAACCAUGAAGCCCGCGAGGCUGUUGCGCGGUGGAUGCGGGAUCAUCGAGUCAGCAAUCAGGGCUGUCAAGGCGGACAAGACCAAAUAUUCGUCCGAGACUUCGACCCCGCUAUCGACAUCGUUUGUGUCGCACCCAGCGAGUGGUUCGAAUUCCUCACCGAGCUCUACGAUCGGUCCUUUGCGCCUAACCUCCUGGCCCGGCACCGCACUGCUCACAGCAUGGAUAUCAAGUAUCUUGCCCUCUGCCAUACAUUGCCGACUCGCGACCUGUCUCCAAUUCCCGGGAUGUACUACAUGCUCAGCCAGAUCGAGGUAUUGAUUAUUGUACUCAAUAUGCCUACCUCCGCGGAAGGGGCCAAGACACAGCCGAAUGAUGCUUACAGGCUCAAGACCAUUCAAGGAUGGGGACUGCAUUGGAACCCUCAAACCGGCGACUUUGAACCAGAGAGUCAUGAACCAUUGGGCGAUCAGAAGCUUCGCGGACUAUUCGAGAGCGCUGUAACAGGACUUCGGAGCACAUUGAACAACAUCAACCAAAGCAUAAGGCACCUUAAGAUUCGAGCUGCUUACAUCUCUCGGUAG